ACAGAAGUACCGCGGAGAGCAUUGUAACCGGUUGUAUCACUGUCUGGUGUGGAGGGGUCACUGCACAGGAUCGGAAAAAGCUGCAGAAGGUUGUAAACUCAGCCAGCUCCAUCAUGGUCACCGGCCUCCCCGGCAUCGAGAGGCGAUGUCUCAAAAGGGCGGCAUCCAUCAUUGAGGGUCCCUCCACCCCGAGGCACACUCAGUGUUUCAGGAACAGCUUCGACCCGUCGCCAUCAGAUUUCUACGAGGCUGCAGAUAAGGUGCGGUUCCGGCCACUGACUGACUGCUGGGCCACGCCGCCUAUCUCCGGUUGGGCCAACGUGGGCACGGGACGCGCUGUGGGACAGAGAAAUCUAACUGCCGGCAGCAUGAAGGCUCGGAGUGUGGUCGCUGCCCUCCUGUGUCUUUUCAACCUGACGUUCACCGCUGAUGGUGAGAGUACAACAUUGGCGUCUGAACCCAGAGAGGUCUCAGCUUCCUACCCUGUCGAAAUCCCAACUCACAGCCUGCAGGUCCAGGGGCCAGCCACUGACCCGACCGUCACACAACAUCCGGAUGUCCACCCGUCAGCGACCAGAGAGACGUUGUCAGAGGUGGAUGUGGAGCCAGACCCUCAGAGUGAGGGCGAGGAGCAACUGCAGGGAAAAUGUGCAGGGGCCACAUCUCCAGAGACGAUGCAGGUCCUGGGAAAGGCAGUCAGUGACUUUGGCAUUACAAUGUUCCAGAAAAUUCUGACGGAGACCAAGAAGCCGAAUGUGAUCAUCUCGCCUCUGAGCAUCAUGCUAGCGCUUGCUCAGCUGACCCUGGGUUCUGCGAACAAGACAGAGAGAGAUCUGGUGAACAGCCUGCACUUGGCCUCCCCCAGCUGUUCACACCACACCCUCCACACGGCCGUCACCGCCUUCAACCAGCAAGCUGGCAGCAUUGCCUCCACCAUCUAUCUACGGAAGGCGUUACGUGUGAAGCCAGGCUUUUUGAUGGGUUUGGAGAGGUUUUACAGGUCCAAGCCACAGUUGCUGAGUGGACACCCCUCCGAGGACACCAAAACCAUCAACCGUUGGGUGGAGCAGAUGACCAGCGGCAAAAUCAAAAACUUUCUGAAUGCCGUUCCUGUAAAUGCUGAUCUGAUCUUGAUAAACGCCAUAAACUUUAAAGGACUGUGGAAGGUCCAGUUCGAUCCACAAGUCACGGGCCAAGGCUCAUUCUUCCUGGAGGAUGGGAGUGUGCUGCAAGUACCGAUGAUGAAACACAUGAAAUACCCCGUCAGCAUCCAAUACAACAAGGAGCUGGAGAACGAGGUUAUCUGGAUUCCAUUCAGACACAACAUGAGCUUCAUUGUGGUGAAGCCUCGAAACAGCAGCAGGCUGAACGAUGUUGUCAACAGCCUGAACCUCUCUGACAUCAAGGCACCUCACAAGCUGCGGACCAUGCUGGUCAGGGUGCCCCGACUCAACAUUGACUUCAGCACUGAGCUCAAGAACAUUCUGGAGCAUCUCGGUCUCGGCAGCAUCUUCAGCCACCCUGACCUGAGCCGGAUUUCCGACCAGCCGCUGAUGGUGUCCUCCAUCAACCACAAGUCCACGCUGGAGCUGAGGGAGGAGGGUGUUCAGGGUGCUGCUGGUACCAGUGUCUCCAUCACCCGCUCACUCCUGCAGUGCAAUAUCAACCGGCCGUUUUUCUUCAUGAUCCGCGACGAGGUCUCCGGAACCCCGCUCUUCCUUGGCACCGUCAAGCGACCUAACCCGAUUCUGCUGGAAAAACAGGCCAGCGAGCUGGAGGAGACCCUCGAUACUGCAGACAUUCCGGAACCCAAGUGAUAGCUGGGCUUGGAUCGACCCCCACCUCCCAAUACACCCUCCCCCACCUCCCACCACAGUAGCUGGACUGGAGAUAUGGAUAGAAGCUGCCAGGGGCUGAUGCUGGGUGGUGGGGAAUGUCUCCCUGGAGAGUGUUACACUGGAGUUGACUAAAUUUGCAUAUUAAUCAGCAGAAUCCCCACCCAAGGGUGACAUACGUUCCCCUGGUUGCUGUGUGGGAUCUAACAUCAGAUCAGAAUCAGGUUCAUUAUUAUUGUCUUAUAUAAUAUGAAAUUUGUUCUUUUGCAGCAGCAGUACAGUGCAAAGUCAUUAAAUUACAAUGAAUUAAAACAUAAAUAAAUGGCGUAAAAUAGGACUAAUAAAGGUAUGCUCAU